AUGGCGAUUAGUAAGAGACUGCCUACGACUUCCGACUUCCCUUCUACCUGGACUCUGACUGUGUCUCCUUCUCCAAGCUCGCAGCAGCCAACGAAUAUCCUCAUUCUGCUACAUGGCCUAGGUGAUGCUCACCUUCCUUUCGCCCAACUUGGCACGCAGAUGAACUUGCCAGAGACGGCAUGCAUCUCAAUCAAAGCUCCUGAACCGCUGCCAUUUGAGGCUUCAUCCUUUCACUGGGGUGAUGAUCUCAUCUUUGACAACAGUGUCGGCACAAUCGACCCCGAUGGCGGCUUCAAGAAGGUAGUCCCAAGACUUGUCAAAGAAGUCAUUGAAGACACUUUGAUCAAGACAUGUGGCUAUCAACCUCGUGAGCUAGUGCUUUUCGGAUUCGGUCAAGGCGGUAUGGUAGCUCUCAGUAUUGCAGUAAGUAUGGAGAAAGAGCUAGGUGGAGUCGUCAGCGUCGGCGGUCCGUUACCCAGCGAGUCCCCUGCUUCUCUAUCACCAAAACGCAAAACGCCCAUCAUUGUCUGCUCUGGAACCGACAGUCCUUGGGUCACGUCAUCUGCUCAAGACAAGCUCAAGGCAGUGUUCGAAUCCGUCCAGUUCAAUCGCUACCGAAGAUCUGGAGACACUAUGCCUAAAAGUCGGGACGAGAUGUUUCCAAUCAUGCAAUUCCUUGCUAGGCGUCUUAAGAGCUCUGCAGGCGUACCAGAAGGCAGUGUCGAGCUGUCGGCCUGA